ACGCGAGACAAUGAGGCUCCGCAUUUUAUCUCAUGACUGGGAUUGUUGAGGCCGCUCACACCGGACCGAACGGAAAACACGAUUAACAGGAGUGAAUUUCCUACUUCCAGAGCAAAGAAACCAAAUUAAUAACGAAAACCUUUCCCUGUGAAUCCCGCCUAUACAAGAGUUUGUCACAGUCUGUCAGUAUGAGAUGUCGUCCCUCAGCGGCAGCUUCGUUCAAAUCCAUUUCGAUGACAUCCGCUUCUACGAGAACUGCGGCGGCGGGAGUUUUGGGAGCGUCUACCGGGCGCUCUGGAUCUCACAGGACAAAGAAGUUGCAGUCAAAAAACUGCUGAAGAUCGACGCAGAGGCCGAGAUUCUCAGUGUCCUGAGCCACAAAAAUAUUAUUCAGUUCUAUGGCGCCAUUCUGGAAGCACCGCACUAUGGCAUCAUCACAGAAUAUGCCAGCAGAGGGUCGCUGUAUGAAUAUUUGUCUAGUCCUGACAGUGAGGAGAUAGAUAUGAGUCAGGUGAUGACCUGGGCUGUAGAUAUCGCUAAAGGAAUGCAUUAUUUACAUGCAGAAGCCCCUUUGAAAGUCAUUCAUAGAGACCUGAAGUCAAGAAACGUUGUGUUAGCUGCAGACAAUGUAUUAAAGAUCUGUGAUUUUGGGGCAUCAAAGUUGGUUUCUCACACCACACAUAUGUCCCUGGUGGGCACCUUCCCUUGGAUGGCCCCAGAAGUGAUCCAGAGUUUACCCGUCUCAGAAACCUGUGACACAUACUCAUACGGCGUGGUUUUGUGGGAGAUGCUCACCAGAGAAGUGCCGUUUAAAGGUUUUGAGGGAUUGCAGGUGGCCUGGUUGGUGGUGGAAAAAAACGAGAGGCCCACCAUUCCCAGCAGCUGCCCCGCCAGCUUCGCAGACCUGAUGAGAACAUGCUGGGGUCCGGAACCCAAGGAAAGGCCGCAGUUUAAACAGAUCCUGAGCACGCUAGAGACCAUGAGAAACGACAGUAGACUGCCAGACCAGUGCAACUCUUUCUUACAUAACAAAGCCGAGUGGAGGUGUGAGAUCGAGGAAACGCUGGAGCGUUUGAAGCAGUUGGAGAGAGAGUUGACCUGUAAAGAGCAAGAGCUGGCGGAGAGAGAGAGGAGAUUGGCAGAGUGGGAAAACAGACUCAUGGAAAGAUCCAGAUCCUGCACUCCGAUGUUUUCACACAUAUCCCCCCUGGCGGCCACUCUGAGCGCCGAGAGCUUCUAUGAGGCUCACAUGGAAGAGAGCAACAGCUCGGAGGUCAGCUGCCAGAUUUCAUCCUCCUGCAGUAAUGGAGAUCUGGGCAAGGCCAGCCUUCAGAAGCUCAUGCUGGGGUUCGGAGACAUGUUUGACCUGGACGGGGACGUUCCCGGCGGUAACCUCGUCCGCCAGUCGGGAAUGCAGGUGAACAUGCAAGCUAAGAAGAACUCCUCCAAGUCGUGCAGUAUCCGUGAGGGACGAAAAAUGAACAUGGCCAUAACCAUGGAUAACUUUGGGUGGUCCGAUGAUGACAGCGAUUAGAGGAGGGCAGUAUGGUGGUGACAGGGCGGGAGCAGAGCCGGUCCGAGAUCAGAUAUUUACAGUGAGAGCUAAUAAUCUACUUUAAUUUUGGUGUCCAGCAGUGAGAAUUCUUUGUUUAAAUUAACAAUCAUAUGAAUAGUUUAAAGAAUGAUGCACCCAGGUUUCAUGUUAUUUGAUUUGGAGACGAAUGUUGCACUACUUUAGCAGUAGGGCUGCAAUAACGGUACAAAUAUGUUUUAAUUCGGGACUAUACAGGGUACUGCAUAGAUGACCAUAUAUGGCAGGAUUUAUAGCGUUGUUAGGAGGGAUUUAAUGAGAUUUGCCCUGUGAGACAGAUGACAGAGUUCAUAUUUGCAAUAUUUAUAAAGUGUGAGGUUAGGGAAUUCUGAAGCUUUGUUUUUGUAAACCCCUGAAGUUUUUAUAAAAUAAAGGUAACAUG